AAGCUUAUUGGUCUGUACAAGACUUAUAAUUGUGCAAGCUUAGGCAGUUGAAAAGAAGGACCAAAGAGGAAUAUUUUCUAGUAGAAUGAAAUUUGUCAUAGUAAUUGCCUGCGUGGCCCUUUCGGUGGUCGGUAUCAAUGCCGCCAGCGUGCAGCCAGCUGCGGGAACGAUCAACAACCAACUCUAUCGGCGUUACGUGUGCGCUCAGAAAUCCAAUGGAUUCCGCGCUCUGGUUCCUGGCAGUUGCUCCCAGUACUACGAGUGUCAGUCGGGAGUGGCUCUUGUUAACACUUGCUCACGCUUUUUCGAUGCUAAGGUCCAGGGAUGUGUCAACUACAACACCGGUUGCAUACAGGCUCAACCGGCCUCGUCGGGCCAAACACCUGUAGGAAGCUCUAACUCGGCAGUGCCUUGUGCUCAGGAAACAACUACAUCAUGCCCGCCAACAGAGACUACAACCACCCCCUGUGUGUCAGAGACCACAACACAAUGUGUUCCAGAUACUACAACAACCUGUGCGUUAGAGACCACUACACCCUGUGUUCCAGAAACCACUACGACCUGUGAACCAGAAACAACAACAACCUGUAAGCCAGAAACUACCACAACAUGUGUGGAAAAAACCACAACAACCUGUGUACCGGAUACCACAACAACCUCAGUGCCUGACAUCACAACAACAUGUGUGGAAAAAACCACAACAACCUGUGUGCCAGAAACUACAACUACCUCUGCAUCCGAGAUCACAACAACUUGUGUGAAAAGAACCACAACAACCUGUGUUCCAGAAACUACAACAACCUCUGUGCUCGAGACCACAACAACCUGUGUUCCAGAAACUACAACAACCUUUGUUGAAAAAACCACAACAACCUGUGUUCCAGACACUACAACAACCUUAGUUGAAAAAACAACAACAACCUGUGUUCCAGAAUCUACAACAACCUGUGUUGAAAAAACCACAACAACCUGUGUAGCAGAAACUACAACAACCUCUGUGCUCGAGACCACAACAACUUGCGUAAAAAAAAGCACAACAACCUGUGUGCCAGAAACUACAACCACCUCUGUGCCUGAGACUACAACAUCCUGUGUUCCAGAAUCUACAACAACCUGUGUUGAAAAAACCACAACAACCUGUGUACCAGAAACUACAACAACCUCUGUGCUCGAGACCACAACAACCUGUGUUCCAGAAACUACAACAACCUGUGUUGAAAAAACCACAACAACCUGUAUACUAGAAACUACAACAACCUCUGCGCUUGAGACCACAACAACCUGUGUUCCUGAAACUACAACAACCUGUGUUGAAAAAACCACAACAACCUGUGUACCAGAGACUACAACAACCUGUGCGCCAGAAACCACAACAGCCUGUGUACUAGAAACGACAACACCCUGUGUACCAGAGACCACAACAAUUUGUGCUGACGAAACUACAACUGUCUGCAGCGAAACGUCCGAUGUUUCAAAGGCUAAGCCUUCCUCCGUGAAAGUGCGACCAGCUAGGCCUGUGCGGCCUGCCGCGCGUCCCGUAUUGGAAACUAAUGAGUUGGUGGCUCCACAAACCCAUGAGCUGAGCAUUUCCACCUAUACGAAGUACGUGUGCCGCAAUAAGCCCAACGGCUUUAUGCUAGCUUCGCUGAAGAGCUGCUCCGACUACUAUAUCUGCCGAUAUGGAAAACCUCUGUUGGUUAGCUGCGGUGACAAGUACUUCAACGGUCUCAAGGGCAUUUGCGAUCUGCCAGAAAACACGCGAUGCGUCCAGGCUCAAGCCUAACGAUAUAUGAUGACCACAGGAUUGGCAUAGCCUAUAAAAUAGUCCAUAAGAGCACUUCUUGACCCCACCUUAAAAUUUGUGCCCGAAUGAUCAUAUUCAGCUUUUUCAUUUAUAAAAAUUCCAAAAGAUGCAAUUGCUAAUACAUGCGUUAAAAAAUUA